AUGGACGUUCUCCAAAAAGAAGUGUACGAAGCCACGCCACCAGUGUCACGAAUCGCCGCCAAGGCAUCAGUCAAAAAACUCCUGCACCCCCCUUCACCAGCACCUUCAUCUUCAUUGGACCCACCAUCACGAGAAUUUUACGAGGGUUGUUAUGUUGUUGAACCAUGGAGUUCUACAUCACGAGGUACAUACGGGGGAGACUUGAUCUGUCAAGGGUUAAACGCAGCCUGGCAAUCAGUCAUCAAUCGAGCUGCACCAACCAGCAAUAAAACAAAUAACAGCAACGGAUCUAGCAAUGAUGGUGCUUCAUUCCAACCACAUUCAUUACACGCUUAUUUUGUCAGAGCCGGGUCAACUGAAAGUGUCAUGCGUUGGGAAGUUCUCAAAGUGAGCGACUCACGCAACUUUGCCAAUCGAUGCGUAUUGGGGUACCAAUCACACAAUAAUUCAUUAGUAGUCACAUUACAAGUAUCAUUCACCAAAGAUAACUGCCAAAUUGCCAAACAACGUCAAUUUGAACAACAAGUUGCGUCGGGAACCAUGCCCAAAAGUUGGCCCGUGGUUUUCAAACGACACCCAGGCCCGAUGUUUUAUCAGUAUCGUGAUAAUUUGCACCGAUUGGAUAUUAGAACUAGAUAUUAUGGUGGUCAUUUGACCCACGGGAUACCUCAGGAAUAUUAUGAACCAAGUGAUGACUUCAAUUUGGCAACUACUGGUGAUCAAGAACGGGGUUUUUUUGUCAAGAUUAAUGAUGACUUAGGAGCGAGAAUACCUAAUAAAGAUGAACGCGAUGGAGGUUAUGGGUCUAAUGCUAACGGUGGCGGUGUUGGUACUGAUGCUGGUGCUCCUUCUGCUACCGAAUUAAUUCGUCGUAAAUAUUUAGCAUUGGCGUACGCUAGUGAUGCAUUUUGGGCCGCUACUUGGAUCAAAGCAUUGGGAUUACCCAUGGGUACAACAACAGCAGCAAAUGUAAGUUUGGAUCAUACAUUGUAUUUCCAUGAUUCCAAUUUCGAACUCGGCAGAGCAACAAAGAGCACAGAUGACAGCAACGACAACAGUAAUAAUAGUAGCAACAGUGACAACAAUUGGCUUUAUUUAGAAACGCAAUUUGUAUCAAUGGGCAAUAAUCGAGUGUUGGCAAUUGUAAAUUUCUACACUUUGGCAAAUGAUGGCAAAUUGAUUGCUACUGUUGUGCAAGAAAUGUAUGGGUUUGUACCCAAGGAUGUGGCUGAUAAGUCGCGGCAAUUGCAUGAUAAGGUUGAUAAUAAGGGCAAGUUGAAAUCUGGAGUUGAUGCAAAGUUGUAG